GAAAUAGUACGCCUAUUUAUCACUUAUUUGUUUAACAAAUAUUAAUUUAAAUUACACAUGAAAAGAAUCAGAACUAUUUUUUGUGUUUCGGAUUGAAAAAAUUGGUUUCAGUACACUUUGUACAUUUGGUAGCAAAAACAAAGUGUAAACGUACACUUUGCCCACAUAAGCAAAGUGUACAAGUACAUUUUGUUUUAGAUUUCUAUUGGAAACCCUGCCCCACGAAAGCUUAUAUCAAGGGUCCGAAGUGCCAUUUUCCGAGGUGUCGAGCCCUCGGCGAGGGCCUAUUUUCGAGUACUCGCCGCACUCCUCGAACGACUUUUUUCAACUGCAUGGGUAGAUAUAAAUAAAACAAUGAAAAUAUUGUUCAUUUGGUUAAUAUUUCAGUGAAUAUGCUUGUGUUGUACAUUAUACUUUGUUGAGAAAUAAAAAUGUGAUAUUAUACUGGAAAAUUUAGUGAUCCUUUGUAUCUAAACAUAUUUGCUGAUCAAAAGUACAUUUACUCUUUAAUUUAUGUCUCCCAUUGUGUUUAUAGUAUGUCAACAGACGCAAGAUUGUUUUAAAUGGUCUCCAAAUGCUUUUACAUUAGCAAAUAGUACUCAUUUAUUACAUCCUUCGUCGGUUACUCUUGAUUUAAAUACGGGUGAUAUUUACACAAUUGAUAAUAAAUAUGGUUUACAAAAAUUCUUCAAUCACGGCAGUGACCCAAUCAUACUUGUUCCCAUUACUGAUGAAGUUAAAAAUAUUUUCAUUGAUCAUGAAAGUAUAUUAUACUAUUCUGACAGUCGGGGAAGAAUACGCCGAUUCAAUGAAAAUAGAACAAUUACAACAUUAGUGCAACUGAAGAAUGAGACAAAUAAACUUAAUUUUUUUGUGGAUAGCGAGAAAAAUCUUUAUGUGUCUGAUUGGGCAAACGGUCAAAUUCUGAAAUUUGCCUCGCCAAAUUAUAUCGACUUCAAAUUUAUAGCCGUUCAACUUAAUCAUCCAGAAGGAAUUUGGGUGGACUAUGAGGAGAAUUUAUACGUAGCGGACACAGGAAAUAACAGAGUAGAAAAGUUUGAUUUAAACAAUGGAAAGAGAACAACGUUCGCCGCUGAAUUGAAACAGCCGGUACAAGUGAUUGUUGACAGUGAUUUAUCAGUAUAUGUCUUGGAAACAGGAAAUCAUCGAGUACAAAGAUAUACAGAAAAUAGUCAUGGUGUGACAAUAGCUGGAGGUACUACUGGUAAUGGCAGUGAUCAAUUGAAUAGUCCUCAUGGUAUGGCAUUUGACUCAUCAGGAUAUUUGUACGUUGUGGACACAUUAAAUAAUCGUCUACAAAAAUUUGAUCAUCCCGGAACGGACGCAUGUUCCAAAGAUCGAUAUGAUUUUAUUCGGCGCACAGCAGAAGAAGAAGAAAAUUAA